AGCCGGCAGCACGGUUGACAAGGAUGUGCAAUUAGUGCAAAUCCGCACUCGCGCUGUUCUCGGACUGCCAAACAACUAUCAGUGCGUCAAAGUCGAGCUCACAAGCAAGCGGGCAGUUCUCCUCUCCCAGCUGUUCACUGCGCAGAAUGGUCCAGCUGCGAGUUGUCCCGAACGCGCCUGAAGGGCGGCUGAAGCUCGCGUACCGCGUCCUCGCCAACGCCUUGUAUGCCUAUCUGGACUUGCGGGCAGAUGGCGGCGCGGGCGCGGCGCAGCUGCUGGAGACGGGUACGGCCGCAAAGUGGCGGACCGUCAGGCUGCCGCUGCGGGAGCGCAACGUCGUGGGUCAGCUGCAUGGGCCGGAGGUGGCACACAUCCUGCUGGACUACGUCGUACUCACGCUGCCCAACACGGUGGCGCGGCUGCCCGAGCUGGAGCUGCUGCCGCCCCUGGCCCGCCAGCUACACAGCUACGCGCACGGAGGUUUCAUGGGCGCGGCCCUGUCCCUGCUCGCGGAGCCGCGCUGGGGCACCAUCCUGUCUGAGAGCAUGGGCGAGGGCGGCGACGACAAGGUGGAGUCUGUCAUCCGCGAGCUGACGGGGCUGCAGCGCGACGGCGUCACGGCGGCGCGGCGGGAGCUGCUGCCGCUGAUGCUGGUGCUGGAGAACAGCCCUGUGCUGUGCGCGUACGGCCUGGUCAGGAUGGGCCAUGUGCUGCCGCCCCGCCAAGUGCUGGAGGCCGACGCCGCCAGCGACGCCGCGGCAGGCCCCGCCGGCUGCAUGCCCGCCGGGCCCUACCUGUGGCAGUCGUGGGGCCUGCCGCCCGCAAAGGUGCCCUACAUGCUGCGGCCGUUCCUGGCGGGCGGGCGGGGCCCCGGCCUGAACCGCUACGGCUACGCGCCCAUGCGGCUGGAGUGGGACCUGUGGCUCAACCCGGACGAUGCCUCGGAUCUGGCGGGCGCGGUGGUGGACCACGGCACACCGGGCGCACUCGUGCAGCAGGCCAUCGCCAUGACGCUGGGCUGCAAGGGCGUGGCUAAGUCCAUGGGCCGCCGCCACAACCGCCAGCACGGCAUCAGCCCGCUGAGAUGGCUGGCGGACUUCGCCACCGCCCUCAACUCGGGGGCGAACGGCAAACACGACACGCCGCUGCCGCUGUUCGCACACCCGCACCACGUGCGUCGCCACGGCCAGCAGCCGCAGCACGCGCAGUACCCGCGGCACGCGGGCUCCGUCGACGCCGCCACCGCGGCGCAGUACACCACGCACGCGGAUGGCUCGACUUGCCCCAGCCUUGAGAGGUAUCUGCAGCUGUCGGUGGCGGGGCUGAAGCUGCGCCUGCCGCCAGCGGCGUCCGGCGCUGCGACGUUGCCGCCGGCGGAGAAGCUGGCUGUGCGGCUGCGAGUGGUUGGCAACACACACUCACACAGCCCGGCUGAGCUAAGCAAGUUCGCCGAGACGGGAGGCGCAGCGGCAGCAGGGCCAGCGCCCGCGGCUGCUAGCGGAGCUAGCGCCGCCGCUGCUGCUGCCGCCACGGGGCCGCGGACUCUGCUGUGUACACAGGACCUGUCUGGCAAGCAGGGGGCGGCGGCGGGCGGCGGCGGCGGCGGCAAGUCGUCUCUGUACCCGUUGGAGGCUCGCGACAUGGGCACCACACUGCUGCUGGUGGAGGUGAUCCCGGCCAAGGGCAAGCCGCGCACCCUGGCGCGGUCCAUCAUCCCGCUCAUGUCGCUAUCCGGCCGCGGCGACGGCGCCGUCACGCUCAGCGCGCAGCUGCACGUGCGCCGCGCACCCAAGCCCACGGCAGCAGCAACAGCAGCAGCAGGAGCAGCAGGGCCCGGCUCUGCUGGCGAGCCAGUCACCCACACGAUCGCGCCGUCCACUCCCACACUGGGCGACGCGCCGCGGCCGGUGGCAGAGGCGGUCGAGAUGCAGACGGAUAUUGGGUGUACGAGUGGCGACGAGCGGGCGCGCGGCUUCACGGCGUUGACCAUUCUGCCGGCCGGUCCUCUUGCUGAGGCAACUGAGGGCGACGGUGAGGGCGAAGGGCGGAAGCAGCAGCCGCAACACGCAGAGCUGGAGGCGGCUGCGGCUGCACCAAGGGCCCAGUCCAUGGGGCGUGAGGCUGAAGGCGGGGCCAAAGGCACCGGCGCCGCACGAGGCUGGUUGCGCGCGCGUGGGGCCCUGGAGAAGGUGGGGCCGCCCGCGCAUGGCCGUUCAGCUCACUCGGCCACGACGCCGGGCCCUGGCACGCCGAGCGCACCGGCCUUCAAGGCGUCUACCAGCGUCAGAAUCGCGAGCAUUGUGGAGCGGGCGCGCGAGCAGGCGGCGGGCCUCGGCGACGGCGACGAGGACGAGGCCGCUCUGGAGGCCGCGCCCGAGUCGGAGGCGGAGUCGGACUUUGAGGAGGAGGGGUUGGAGGAGGGCGAGGCGCUGCCGCAGCUGCUGCUGGAGGGGAUGGUGUCGGGCGCGGCUCUGGGCGCCGAUGACGUGUUUGUGGCCACAGACGCGGCGGCAGCGGACUCGCAGCUGUCGCAGCUGUGCUCCGGUACACACCGGUGUGCCGUGAGCGUGAGCCUGCGCUGGGAGACGCUCACUACACUGCAGGCGGCUCACCAGCUGUACGGCCUGCCGCCGCACGUGGCGCAGUCCUGCACCGCCAUGCUGUCCAGCCCCGGCGGCCUGUUCCUGGACAUCAAGAGCGGCUACAGCACGGCGCCGCAGCUGCGCGCCUUCGCCUCCACACUGGCGGGCAUUGGCGUGUAUACCAAGGCCGUCUGCAGCUUCGUGCCACGCCAGAUCGACUAUGAGGACCCGCCGCCGCCCGCCAGCGCCGCCGAGACCGGCCUCAGCCGCGGCGGCGGCACUGGCGGCGGCAGCUCGGCCGGCGCUAGUGCUAUCGGCAGUGGGGUCGGCAGCGGCAUCGGCAGCACAGCACGGCAGCUGCAGUCCGCCCUGGUUGCAGCGCAUCCUGUCGGCGGCGGCAGCACACCACCCUGCGGUACCAGUCCUGCCACACCCGCCAGUCCCAAUGCCGCCGGUGCUGCCGCCGCCGGCGGCACCUUCGGCGGCGCCCCCGACGACGGCGCGGCAGCGCCGCCGCCACCUGCCAAGCCUGCCGGCGGGUUUACCAGUAAGAAGCAGCUGCCUGGCCCUCUGCCGCGCUUCUUUGACACGGUGCUGUUCUUCCACGGACUCAAUGGGCUGGAGCUGGCGUGCGAGGCGGGCAGCGUGCCGCCUGGCACGUGCGUGCUGUUCAACGGCGCGUCGAUGCUGGUCGAGGACCCCGGCGCGGCGGUGGCGGUGCCGGACGCAGCCGUGCUGCGGCGGCGGGCCGGAAAACUGGUGGAAGAGGCUGUGGAGGCGGAAGGGGCGGAGCGGGCAAAGGAAGAGGAGGCGGAGGGUGGGGCGGGGAAGGGCAAGAGCAAAAGCAAGAGCGACAAUUCGGGCCUGCCGACUGAGGCGGAGCUGCAGGCAGCUAUGGUGCGGGCGGGCAUGUCGGUGCAGGAGCAGAUGCGGCGGCGACACGGCUGCCUGUCUGGCGGCUGCUUUGGCGGCGCGGACAAGAAGAAGAAGGCUGCUCAGCCGCCGCAUAAGUCCGUUGAAUUCACAUCCGUUAUGGACGAGGUGGAGAGCGCGGCCAACACAGAAGCAAUUGAAUUGGCCGUCAUGAGCGGCGCCGGCAGCGGCGGUGGCGGCGGCGGUGGCGGCGCCGCGACAGUGCUUCCAGAACUGGUGGACAAGGAGGCGUGGCGGCGGUACUGCACCGUGGUGUCCAUGUUCAAGGUGUACGGCGGCAUCUACGUGCAGGAGCCGGACUGCUCGCCCAGCUGUGUGGACGCCCUGACGCGCCUCACCAACAGCCACCCAGACUACCUGCCACUGGGCUUCGCGUACGGGCACAUCAGCACCAAGGCGGUGGCGGCUGCGGGCCAUGUGGGUCGCGGCAUGGCGGCGCAGCAGCUCAUGGAGGAGCUGCAGAGCCGCAAGAAGCUCAGCGACAGGGUGAGCCGCUGGAUUGACGACGGCGUGCACGUGGGCGCCUCCGACCAGGUCUACCUCAGCUGGGCCCGCCGCCUGCUCACGAGCGAGGAACUGCUGUACCUGCGCUCCCAGCGGCUGCUGUUGCGGCUGCUUGCGGACUACGACUGCGGCGGCGGCGGCCCGCUGCAGGAGGGCCCCGCGCUGCUGGCGCUGCUGGACGGCAUGGGUGCCAUGCGCUACAUGCUGCUGCGCUUCUUCCGCCACUACGAGGCCACCAGCCCCAUCACGCUGUUUGAGAUCGGCUGGAACUUCAACUACACCAAGUCCUUCCUGCGCCUGGUGCGCAACCGCGGCGCGCUGGCGGCGCUGCCGCCCGCGGAGAAGAUGGCGACGGCGCUGUGGCUGGUGCGCAACCGGCAGCUGUGGGUGUGGCUGCACCGCUGCGGGCGGCGGGACGCGCACAAGCUGGUGAAGGAGGCGCUCGCGUGUCUGGUGGAGAGCUGCAGUCUCAAGGAGUAUAACCUGGUGGUGGAGGUGCUGGGCGGCGAGGGGCCCUUCCGGCGGGAGUUCGUGGGCUGGCUCUGGCUGGGCGGCUGGUCCUACCUCCGCCGCAUCAAGGCCUGCAAGGAGCACUGGGCGGCCAGUCCCGACACGCAGCUGCUGUGCGAGCCCGCCCGCCUGUACGGCUACGUGCAGUACGCGCGGCGCGUGCCGGGCGGCGGGCUGCUGCCGGGGCAGGGGCUGGACGCGGAGGAGUUCGAGGGCAGCAAGAAGCGCAUGCCGCGGUUUUGGCUGAACGGCGACGUGGUGGUCACCCUGGACCCCACGCACACGCGCUACAAGGUCUGGUGGCUCAAGCUCUGGCGCGCCGCGCGCAAAUGCGCGUGCUGCGUGGGCACUUGGGCCUGCCACUGCGCCAUUAUGGAGCUGUGCUGCUGCUACGCGCUAUGCCUCUGUCCCAUGCUGUGCUACCCUUACUGCCGGUCCAAGGUGCUGCCGCUGCUGCUCGCCGUCAUCCUCAUCGUGCUGUGGCUGCUGCUGAACGCGGGCGUGCUGGGCGGCGCUGUGGGCGGCACCCAGGGGUCCGACGACGUCGCAGCCGACGUGGAGCGGCUGGAUGAUGAAGUGCAGCGCCCCGAGGACAGGUUGGUGCAGGACGCCGAGAAGCUGUUACGCCGCCGCCUGCUCUCCUGAGCGCAGGCGCCGGAGGCUGGCGCGGUGACGGGAGGCGCUAGCAGUUAAAGGCGGCGCGACGGCGGUGGUGGUGGCGGUGGCCUCAUCGGAGCUGCGCUGGCAUGCGCCGCCGCAGAUGUAGCGCGCCGCAGUCGGCGGCGUGGGGUACGGAGUCGAGAUGGAGAGGCCGGCGGCUGCAGGGACAGGAGCAGCGGCGCCUGUGCGGGCGCGGUUGGAGCUGGGGUGUGAACCAGGGUAAAAAGGAGGGGGCCCUGAAGAGAGAGGGCCAAAGAGGAGUUCCGGAGGGCGCGGCUGAGGCCUGCGCGCUUGACCACGCUAGUUAGAGCCAUGCAGCGCAUACGGUACCUAUGUUCACGACAUACAACUAUAUAAGGCAUACAUGCACCUGUGCAUAGACACUUUGCAGCAUUCGUGUGUGCCGGUGUGCUGAAUCGUGGUUGCACGGCGAUGGUGUUGGGGUAUCGGGUACCGUCAUUGAUGGGUCAGGAGGGGGCCGAGGGAGCCAGUUGGUUGAGGCGUCCUGCUGAUGUUCUGUGUAGCAACAUGCGGUUGGUUGUCUCGUUGGAAUGCUGAAAACGAGUUCGGCCAUCGGCAUGCAUUGUGGCGCGCCGGCUGUGCAGGAGCCCGCGUAGGAGCUGGCCAGGGCCCUGGUUGCUGCGGCCGCCAGCAAGCCCAGCCUCGAGAGUAGCAACUGCGGUCGCCCUGAGCGACGGCGUCAGGCGUAGUUGGUAGCACACAGUACAGGGGUUAGUCUUGAGGCACGCGGGGUACGGCGGGGGGUCCACGACGUACACGCCAACGUCUCUACGGCCUCUGUCCUGAUGCAGCGCAGGCACUGAUGAGCCUGGCACUCACACUCACAGUCACAUCGGUGCAAAUCGGUUUCAGUGUAAACACUCUAUAUU